ACAUCAAAGUUUGUCGCAACAAACUUUACAAAUCUAGUUUAAUACUAUUAUUUUUUUUAAUAAUAUUUUAUAUAGGUAUUAUUAAUAAGAUCGCACAAAUGCAAAUGAAUUGGUUAAUCAUCAUACUUCUCUCCUAAAAGAAUAUGACAAUAUGAUUUAGGUUUGCAAAAUCUGAACAAGUCACAAAAAUUCUGGAGCAGUAUCUUUUAGGCUGAAGAAACGAGUGUGGAGAUGUUUGUCAUCAUGCACAUCACACAGUUUGAUGAACAAAGACCAAAACCAGUGUAUAUAUUAAGGUGGUGUAGGAGUGAUGAUUUGUAAUAGUUUUGCAGCCACAGGACCUGGGAAACUCGCAGUGUUUGAGACAACGUUGAAGUCUACUUUUUACCAGAAUAUUCUGCAACAGGACAUUGAUCCCAAGGACACCAGCAAAUCAACCUCUGUCUUGUUAAAGAAAACAAAUCAGUGUGUUAGAAUGGCAAAUUCCAAAAGUCAAAUACUGUACCAAACUUCAACCAUGAUGAGAUGCUGUGGCAGGAUCUUACAGGAGAACUGUUCAUAAAUAAACACACAGUUAUCAGUGGAUUAUGAGACAAGCCAAUGAAUACUUCAAGAAGACCCACCAACUGGUGUAAGUGGUGCUCCGUCCGAAAACAAUAUCAUGCUGUGGAAUGCUGUUAUUUUUGGACCUGUAGGAACACCAUUUGAGGAUGGAACAUUUAAACUUGUGAUAGAAUUUUCAGAAGAAUAUCCAAACAAACCUCCUACAGUUCGGUUUAUUUCCAAAAUGUUCCACCCAAAUGUUUACGCAGAUGGCAGUAUAUGUUUAGACAUUCUUCAGAAUCGCUGGAGUCCUACAUAUGAUGUGUCCUCUAUUCUGACAUCUAUCCAGUCCUUGCUGGAUGAGCCUAACCCCAACAGCCCAGCCAACAGCCAGGCGGCACAACUCUAUCAAGAGAACAAGCGAGAGUAUGAGAAGAGAGUUUCUGUUAUUGUGGAGCAAAGCUGGGCAGACUCUUAAUGUUCAUAAGUUUAAUGCUCAAAUACCAUUUAUCAGGUUUUUCUUCUUCUAUUUAACGUAUCUCGGACACACUCAAAACAAACUUGUCCGUUACAUCUGGAAAUCCAUUAUUUAGGGACUCUUUGCCGGUGUUUUGCUGCAAGCAGGAGUGAUUGUGCUUUUGGUUUCAACUCCAUUUUUUCCCCCAGGUUUCAUGAUAAAUUAUUCUUAAGCGUUUAUAGUGUUUAACUGUAUCUCCAGAACUAUUGGCACUCUUGAGAAUUGUGCAAAAAUUAAUGUAUAAAAUGAAACACAUUCAAUAUUUUGAGAUUACCAUUUUUCAAAACUAGUUUUUUAUUGGUGAAUCAAAUAAUGAAGAGUAAAGUAGUACAGACUAUUAGUUUUGUGCACAUAGAGUCAACCUCUUCAAUUUAGCUUUCCAUCUUGACAUUCAAGAGAACACAAUUCAAAUGAUUGUUCCAGUAAUAUGUUUAGGUUAUGCUUGUUGGUUGUUCUCAGGAAGGAUCUGGUUUCCUUCCAAAUACUUUAUUAAUCAGUUAUUUUGAAACAAACCGGUUCAACUGUUUAGUUCUAAACUUUAAGUUUUUGAGCAUGUCAUGACACCAUGCUCAUAAAUCCUCUUUCUGCAAAAUUUACAGCUGUUAGAUUUUUUAUGAUGUUCCUGAUUGUCCUUUAUGGUAUUUUAACUGUAUGAUAUUUUUAUAUCGAGCUGCAUUAAAACCCUACUGUAAUCUAUGACAAUGGGGUUUAAAAGAAAUAAAGCAAAACUGUAUUCUCUUAUUGUC